CAAGCCCUCCUCCUAAAACUCUCUCCGCGAAUCUUUCUCCUGCAAUGUUCAGACAGCUCGUGGAAAUCUCUGUCACUAAGACAGACGAUUCAACGGGGAGCGUCGACACUCGUCUAUCUUCGGCUGGUGCACGGAGCCAGACCACCAAUGGCCCCUACUCCUCUUAAGUUAUUAUGCAGCCGGGUUAGACUGAACUCACGCUCUGGGCGUAAUGAGGGCGCUAUGUAAAUGUUGUUAGCUGUGCAAUUAGUACUUUCCCUGCCAUGUCACUGGAUUACCCGCGGACGGCAACUUUGCAGGCUCCCCGGCAGCGUGAAGGGGUUGUUUUGCUUUACUCGGGCGCUGCUCGGUUCGCUUGGUCCGGCUCCAGCCCCAGCCCGGGUCUAGUGCCGCAACAGUUCAGCGGCACUUCUCACCGAGACCUCUAUCGGAGCGCAGCGGGGAGCACGGGGCUCGGGGGAGGAGCGGGGCAGUGCAGCUCCCGCGGCGCCCGCGCUCCGAGCCCAGCGCCGGGAGGGGAUGGUGAGACGGGCCAGAGAAAUGGCCAGUGCCGCCGGCGACUCCAGCCUGGACCCGGGCAUCAAAGAGAUGAACGAGACGUGGAAGGGGGCGAUCGCCUGCCUGGGGGUCGCAUUGCUUUUUCUGAUGACCAUCGGCGUCCUUUACUGGCAGGUGGUGGAUAAGCCGCACACCAACUGGGUACUGAGGGGGCAGCUCAGCGGGCUGGCGUGGGACAGGAGGAGCCUGUCCUUCUCGCUGAUGUCCCUCAGCCAGGACAAGACUUUCGCUCACAUCGACGCCCGCCACUUGCCCAACCGAGGAGUCACCCUGCUCAACAACCUCUGUUGGUUCAACACAACCCAGUUCUGCUACACAUGGGACGGCGUGGCCGAGCUCCAGGUGUCCCUGGAUACACCGAACCAGAGUGUGGCGGAGUGUUACCGGGUAGAGUGGACACCUCUCCAUUGUAAAGUGGCGCUCAAGGAUUGCUUCUCCAUGGUGAAUGUGUCGUGGUAUGGUGGAGGGAGCACGCAGUUUCAGUACUGGCCCCUAAACAAUGCCAAUAUCAACUCUCAGCCAUUCAUCAUCAGUGACCUACACGAUACUCCCAUGGGUUAUGGAUCUGUAUUGGAGAGAUACUUCCUUGGAUCAACAGGUGUGGCUGUGCGUGUUCAUCAGGAAGUCCCAUUACAUGUUGGAAUUGAGAGCAGAAAGCAGUUGUGCCUGGGGAUCCCACCCAACGCUGAGAUGGUUCCCCUGAGUUAUACGAUAUGUGUGAGUGACAGUCUGAGAUCAGCCUACCAGCAACGCAGCAGUGUGAUCCCUGUGGCCCAGCCUGACACCAGCAUCCUGUGGCUGCCACUGUGGAGGUCGCAUAGGGUGUCUGACACGGCACUGAGGCUGGAGCACAAUCUGAAGAUGUUGGCCAGAAAACUGAAGCAUUACAGGCUAGGAGAGGGAGUGAUGGAUCUCUGCGAACAAUCCACGCUGCUGCUGUCUACUGAGGGACAGGGGACACUUCAAUUACAGAGCACGUACCGUGGCCUACGUCAGCUAAGGUUGUCCAUCACACUCUCUCCGUUCACCACCAUUGAUUCCCGCCAUUUCCAGACUACUUUGCAAGAAGGACGAGAACAUUUGUGGCUCAGACUUCCAUCAACAGCAAAUGGAUCACAAGGACCCCUCCUGAUGAAGUGGAGGGGGAGGUUUGCGGUGAAGUUGAACAUCAGCGAUGAGGAGGCACAGGACUGGUUCAUCGAGCAGGUCCGCACCCUUCAGAGGAGGGUGGAGGUCAACUAUAUCACUCUGGAAGUAGGUGUGGGAAGCCCCUAUUUGUGGCAGGCACAGCAUCAUUCCUGCCGACUGUGUGGAGAUGAAUACAUCAACCAGUUUGCACUGCUGGCUCAGAAGCUGGGAAAUGCAACAAUUAUAUCAGCUGCCACUAGGGCUGCUCACUUGCCAAUGUUUGUUCGAAUGGUACCCCGACAGUCUGACUGGAGUUAUGCAGGAUUAAAGGGUCUCAUUCCCUCUGUCCUUCACUACAGCUUGCUGGGAUACAGCUUCUUCAUUCCAGAUGCAAUAGGAGGUUCGCUGACAAAUGGUUUUCUGGCAGACGAGGAGCUCUUUAUCCGGUGGCUGCAGGUUGUGACUUUUCUACCUGUGAUGUCUUUCAGCACUCCGCCAUGGGUCUUUGGGGAGACCUGGAUUGUGAAUGUGACCCGGUCGUAUAUACACAGACACCAGGCUUUUGUCGUGCCACUUCUCCUGAAAUACGCUGCAGAGUGGGCAUCCCUCGGGCAUCCGGUGUUUCGGCCGCUGUGGUGGAUCAGCCCCAGUGACACAAGUACCUUCAUUAUCAAUGAUGAGUUUCUGAUUGGUGACGAGGUACUGGUGGCACCAGUGACAGAGCCGGGCAAAGUCCACAGGGACAUCUAUCUACCAGGAAACGGCUACCAGUGGAAAGAUGUGAACACAGCCCAGGUGUUUGAUGGUGAGACCCUGCUCGAGGAAUAUCCAGUGCCCCUGACUGACGUGGCAGUUUUCAUCAGGCAGAAAUCCCAGGAUCUGCCCUUUACAGAGAGCCAGCCAGCAACCCCCCACGCCUGAGGGACCAAAACUCUUCACAAUUCUUCAACAGUCAACUGGACGUUUGUUUUACUGACCACAGCUUGGCUGCCUGCACUGUCUUAAAUGUCAGCAGGUACCGUUUACAGAGAGCGAUAAGGAAACAGCCCAGUUUGCAAUCGCAACUCCCAAAGGGAGUGUUGCAAGAACUGGCAUUUCCAGCACCUGCUGCAAUCUGUGCAGAAGCUGUGGCACGAACCUUCCAUAACCAUGCCUCAACGUUGCCUGUGAGGCUGAACUGUUUUCUAGUGAUAGCUGAAUUAAGUAUUCAUCAGGUGCAAGCAGCCAAUGUCCAAAGCAAGGUCCAAGGCAGACAAAAGCUCAAACCCGGGCCCAGGCUCAGACCUUGGAUUAGGGCUCAGAUCCAGGUUCAGGUUUAGGCCCAUGGCUUGAACAGAUCCAGGCUCCGGUUCAGGACCAGGCCCAUAUUCAGGGCCCGCAUUAUCUCAGAUCACCACAGUCUUUAAUUAUUUCCACAGGCAUUUAAACAGAAAAACUGCAGAAUUUGUUUACUAUGUUAAGAGAAGUGUUGUUAAGAAAUGAAACACUUCCAGUUCGAUCACUCAUCAAACACUCCCAGGACAAGAACACUGCAUCUCUCUCCGUACUGUAUCAUAAAUACUCCCCAGGGCGGGGACAGCCCUGUGCCAAGUUCCUUCUUCUGUCUGCCUAUGAACUACCCCCAGAGACGGUGCUAGUCAUACACACUGUAAAGCUCCCUCCGCACUGACCUGUCACAUAUUCUGAGAAGGAUCAGCGUGAAUUAAAUACAAAACACCCAUCACACAGCAAAAUGCAUUGGGUUACGUGUAUCAAUAUAAAUAUUGAUGUGAGCAUUUGACUCUGGAAUGCUUUAGAAACAUCACCUAUCCCAGCACACAACAUUGAGGUUCAGGAAGUCAAUGUGCUGAUAGAACUGACAGGAGAUAAUGGGCAGAGUCCCUGGAAUAGAGACUGGGGUGUGAGAGAGUGUUAUAUUUGGUGAAAAAAACUCCGUUGUCUGCUGCGUUGGUUUAUCUUGUUCUUGUGUGUGACCUGGUGUGAGCCUGUUCUCCAUUCUUGCCUUAUGCCGCCUCAAUACCUCGCUGCCUUUAUCCAUCAGUGCCUAUGUGCAGCGCACAGCCUUGCAACACGUGGCUGUCUACACCAAGGAGCCACCACCAGACGCACAGAUCUGAGAGGUUACGCUCCUACUAUCCCCAUUAUACAUAGUAAUAGGCAGCAGGUGCAUGGGGAUAUCACCUUCUUUAUGUUCCCCUCAGAUUCAUUCAAUAUAUUGACAUGGUUCUAUGUCACUGCUACAUCACUGUUGGGUCAAGAUCCUGUGAACUCCCUAACCAAGAAGACUGUGGGGGCACCUUCACUAGAAGGACCACAGUGGUUCACCACUACCUCAAGGGUGAUUAGGGAUCAGCAUUAAAUGCUGGCCUUCCAGUGAUGCAGGCAUAAUGAUAAAGGGGAGCUGCAGUGCAUUUUGCAAAGGAGUUUAUUUCAAUAGGAAUGGGCGUCUGGAAAUAAAGUUCCUUGUUAGGUCAGGAUAAUGAAGUUGGAUGCCCAUUUUUCUGCUUGGCCAGGGUGUUGCGGUAAUCGUGCAAUUCCUGAGCUCGCAUCAGAAGUUCGAUCCUGUGACUUUAGCCAAGUGGUGCCUAAACCCAGACACUGCACCAUAAUGUGCUGAAAAAAGUCUGAAAAAUAUCAUACUUAUCAUUGAUCAAAUUAAUGUUAACCCCCCCCCCCCCCAAAUUCUUAGCUAUUGCGCACAGUGGAAUGAUUCCAAGAACUAACGAAAAGUUCAAAGUUUGACAACUGGGUAGGACCAGUGUACUGAACUGAUCUCAUUGAACUACUCCUAAAUUGCAUCCACAUAUUUGCCCUUCUGCAAACAUUAAAUAUAUGGUAGGAAAUAUUAAUCACAGUUCCAUUAAAAAUAUAUAUUUUGCUGCUGGUACACAGCGUACAUUCUCGAUUUUUGCAACAACGGGAAACCUGGGACUGGAAAUUUUCAUUAAAGUUCCUUGUGUUUUUUGUCAUUCUUCCAUCCUCAUGACUCAGAACUGCUCAUUACUUCCUCAUCUGAUAUCUCCGACUGGAAGCUCUAAAAAGCACCUCAACUUUCUGCUUCAGAUGAGAUAGCUACCUACACCGAUGCUACCUACACCGAUGAGGCAUUCAUCUCAGCAGGAGCUCCAGUAAAGUACUGAGAGAAGAAUGGUGUCGUCCUUCAGUGAAAGGUGCUUUGUUAGCCAUAUCUGGUGGAUCUGAUGAGUAUUAAAGUUCCUGUGUACCAUGUGAGCAAGAGUGAAUUCUCUUUGAUGUCCUGGCCAAAUAUACUAUAUCUUUGAUAGAGCUCCUCUAGUAUCAUUGGUCCUGGCUACUGUUACUUCCUCUUCUAAAAAUGCAUCAAUUAGCAUUCAAUGUAUUAAUGGGCCUUAGCAAAAUGAACAGGAAUCCAGCUAACAACACUUAAGGAAGGUCAAGCAGUGCAGGUAAACCUUUUGCAAAUAUUGUUGACAGAUGUGUGAGAAAUGUGGCCAGGUUCUUGGGAGAGCUUCAUUAUCUUUUUGAUUGCUUCAUAAACCUUUUCGUGUUCAUUUGAAGAAGCAGUGAGGCCCUGGGUUGAAAACUAGGUACAACACUCAUUUGACACACACUGAAAUUUCACAAUGGUCAACAUCAUCAUGUCCUAGAGAAGGCUUUGACUUGAAAGGAUAACAUCUGGUCUCUGCCACAAUAAUCAAUAACACUUCGAUCACUAUUAGAGCCACACCCCAAAUAAUUUUCACUUAAAUAAAAGUGAAAAUAGUGGAGAUGCUCAGCAAGUCUCCAUCUGUGGAGAGACAAACGGAGUCAAGUGCGAUUAUCUUUUCUUCAGAAACUUGCUCUAAUUCUUUUGAAUAUUAGAAUUUGUCUGCUUUCUUAUAUUGAGCAUGAAUGGUUCUAUUCCAUCUCUAUCACCCAAGACUUAAUUUCUAUGCUUCCCACAAUACUUCAAUUCUUCAUUCAUUUUUUACAUUACUUUUAGAGACAGGUGCAAGCCAUGUAGUCCCACAAAUCUGUCAUUGAGUUAGAUCAUGGGUGACCUGUGUCCUUAUAUCUGCUUUUGCCUUGUCCCUUCUUUGGUUAUCAAUUAUCCAUUAUUCUCAGAUUUAGCAUUUAAAACAUGUUUGCAGAAAAAAACCUGUAAAUUUAUACCUCCCUUUUCAGAUAGAUGUGUUUGUAAUUUCACUCUCGAAAGGCCUGUUUUGAGAUAGUUCCUGGAUUUCUUAAGGAGUGUAACUCGUUUCUCUCUCUAAAGAACGGUCUCAACCCGAAACGUGGCCCCAUUCAAUCUAUCCAGAGAUGCUGCCUGUCCCGCUGAGUUACUCCAGCAUUUUGUGUCUAUCCACCCUGUUAGUCCCCCUUAAUAUCUUGAGAACUUUAGGAUUGCAAAAAUGCAGUCAGGUGGUUUAUGACUUAACCCACAAAUCCAUUGAAUAAGCCCCUUGUUGUGUAAUCUCUUUAUAAUUUAAUUAUUGGAAUCCAGGAAUCAUCCCAGCAUAUCUACAGUGUAUAUAACCAAGGCAAAAAUCCAUUUCCUUCUGUGUGGUUUCCAGACACGUCUGUGGGUUAAAACAGGAUAUUGAACAGCUGAAAGUAAAUUCUGCCCCCUUAUAUUCUGUCCCCAUUAACAUAGAGGUUUAUAUCCAGAGUCAAAUUACUUUGUUGUACCCAAUACAUUUUGGUGAUCAAUGCAGACGGCUGCCAAAGUUUCGUCAACAUUGUUCCAGAUUUUUAGAAAGUGUGCUGCUCAUUCCUUUUGGACCCUAGAUCCACCCUUUCAGGUCUUGCUCUUGCCUAUACUCAAAUAACUUGUAACAGUCUUCCCCAUCACAGACUCUCAAAGUAUUUUUCUUAAUCUUAUUAAUACAUUUACUGAUCUACCUUUUGGGCUAAAUGCUUUAUCAACCUAUUACUUAUUGGAGAAAAAACGCAGGGCUCAACUACUUCCCGUGAUCAUAACAGAUAAAGGCCCAUUCCCUUAAACUUGCCCCUGUACAGAAUCGCAAUAAAACCAAACCUAUUUCCACCUAUAGCACAGCAUCUUACUAAGAGAACAGUGCAGCACAAAAGGAAGCCUUGUGGUUAUUCAAGUUGAAGUGACACAUUCAAAGAGUAACCCAGUUAGUCACAUAUCGUACAAUACUUUCUCUUCAAGUGUCUUGUUCAAUUACCUUUUGAACCUAUAACAACCACUUGCCAGACAGAGCAUUCCAAAUAUUGCCUAAUGUGCUGUUUAUUUUAAAAAAAAAGAAUGUAUUUCCUUAUGUUCUCAUUUGUUCUUUUAUAAAUUAUCUUAAAUCUGUGCCAUCUCUUUAUUUAUCAAAUCUAGGGUUUGAAUUUUUUGGUUUUUAUUUUUGGUGCUGUACAAUUUGUUCAGUUAUCUUGCAAAAUUAAGUAUUUUCAAUUAUUUAAUAAAAAGGAAAAUGCAUCAACUUUCAGUAUCUAAAUUAUUGCAACAAAGCUGAUGAUCGCAGAUAAAAAUUAUGCACAUUCAACACCACCCACUACCUCAUGUAUUUGACUCUGCUUUUCAAUCCUUGGUCAGUUGUGAUGUAACUCCAUGCGGUCCUCCCUGCACAGAUGGGGCGCUGACCAGCUGUUCUUUCCUCACAUUCUUCUUUACAGUCUCCUCAGUCUUCCAGCGGCGGCACUAUUCACGCAGUUGGAACAUGAUAUCAUUCUGUUUCUUUGUUUCUCCUCUGUUCCCCCACCUCCUGCCCUCUGUGGCCACAUAUCAGUGGCCAUCCAUUUCCCCUGUCUCCAUCCUUUCACAGACAUGUGCUUUGUUCACUUCAUUCAUCCCUCUGCUCUGCAAUUUAAAAUAUGUAUCAUUUUUAAUUUAUCCAGUUCUGAUGAAAAGGCUUUAACAAGGUUAACCCCUUCCUCUCCCCACAGGUAAUGCCUAACCUGCCGAGUGUCUCCAGUCUGUUUUUAUUUCAGUUUUUCAGCAUCUAGUUUUUUGUUAAAUGUAGGCAAAAUUGUAAUGUUAAGUUAGUCACAGAUUUGUCCUGUCGUAUAGGAGCCUGUUUCUUCAGCUGACUGGCUGCAUGUAUGUUCACAUCUGCAUCAAAUACCAAUGAUUGAUUCACCAAUCUACUGUUAAAUUAUCAACAUGUUAUGAUGUAUCCAUUUAUUAAAUUUGCAAUCCAAAUAGAUCAGUUUGGGGUGGUGAGUGACAGAUUAAUCAACAUAAAGUUUACCCACUGGAUUUAGUUUAGAAAUACAGCAUGGAAACAGACCUACAGCCCACCAAGUCCACACCGACCAUCAAUCACCCGUUCACACACUAGUUCUAUCCUAACGCGCUUUCUCAUCCACUCCCUACACACUAGGGCUAGUUUACAGCAGCCAGUUAAUCUUCAAACCCGCAUGUUUUUGAGAUGUGGAAGGAAUCCGGAGUCCCAGGAGGAAAUCCAUGCCGUGACAGGGAGAACAUGCAGACUCCACACAGGCAGCAUCUGAGGUUCGAACCUGGUCUCGGGUACUGUGAGGCAGCAGUUCUAUCAGCUGCAUCAUUGUGCUACCCAGUCUCUUUUAUCACUGAGGUAAAGAGUCAUGCAGCACAGAGCCAGGCCCAUUGGCCCACUUUGUCCAUGCUAGCUAUAGAAAACCUAUCAAUACCACAAACCAUGCCGGCCGGGCAAAUUUCCUAGUGUUCUUGAAAAAUGUAACAAACAAAAGGGUUAAAGGAGUUAUGUUACGUUAUGUAUUUGGAUUUCCAGAGAAUUUGGAUAAGGUGCCAUGUAAAAUGUUACUGCAUAAGAUUAAAGUGAGAUAAAUAUAAGUGGGCAAUAUACCAGCAUGGAUAGGGGAGUGGAUAACUUGUCAACCAUUCUUUGCCUCCACAGGUGCUGCUUGACCUGCUGAGUUCCUCCAGCAUUUUCAAUUUUGCUUCACACUCCAGCAUCUGCAGUCACUUAUGUCUUUGAUGUCACCUACUUAUGCUAAUUCCAGUUUCCAACAUUCAAUCUGUAUCUUUCUAUACCACGGCAUUCCAUGACUGUAGCCUUUUAUUUCAGGUCCACAGCUAAAUACAUGUUAACUGUUUUGAGAGUCUCUGGUUCCACUACCCUCUCAGGCUGUGCGUUCCAGAUUCCAAUCAACCCCUCGGUGAAAGAAUUCUUCCACCAAUCCCUUUACCCUAACUCCGUGUCCUCUGGUCACUAACACCUCAAUUUCUUACUGCUUAAUGUAUGACACUCAUACUUUUGUUCUCCUCUAUCAGGUAACUCCUUGGAUUCCUCUGCUCCACGGAAAACAAAUUCUGCCUAUCCAGUCUCCCCUCAUAAUCGCUUCAUCUCAGGCAACCUUGUGCAUAAUCUAUAGCCACUCUGUUUCAAAUGUCAUCUGUUCUAGAAUUCCAUUGUCCAUUGGUAAAUGUGUAUUCCCUACCCUCUCUGUAGUCCUGUGUGACCUGUUCUCUGUACCGCUGUUUCACAUCUCUUGUUUCGCCUGCGAUAAGCUAGCAUUUUCCUUCAUCGACCCAUUGAUACAUUUGGUUUUGGGUUGAUUCUUAAGGUAAGAAACUAAUGGGACUAAAGGCCAACAAGUCCCCUGCACCUAAAUGGUCUGCAUCCUAAGAUCUUAAAGGCAGUGGCAGUUGAGAUGAUGGUGACACUGGUUGAAAUCUAACAACGUUUCCAAUGCCACUAUUCAAACAAGGAGGGAGAUAAUAAGCAGGAAACCAAAGGCCAAUUAAUCUAAUACCCGUCAUUAGGAAAAUAGUGGAAUGCAUUAGGGAGGUAGUAACAAGACAAAUCAUAUGACAAUAAAGCAUCAGCAUGGACUUGCAUAAGGAAAAUCAUGUCUGAGAAAUGUCCUUGUGUUCCUGAAGUAUGUAACAAUUGGCAGGUAAAGGGAAACCAGUAGAUGUGGUGCAUUUCCAGAAUGAUUUUGAUAAGGUGCCACAUAAAAGG